AUGUCCGCUCCGCGCAGUGUUGCCGCGGUUCUGCGAAGGACAAGGCUGUCCCACUGCCGCCCUGCACCGCAGACGCAGACAUUGUUCGCCGUCAACGCCCGCCGUCCGUUCAGCGUCACCGCCGCUCCCCGGACAGCAGGCGCCUCCAGAAAAGUCCAAUUGACCGCAGCGGCCUACCCGCAACUGAAAAGAGACCCCAAGUUCGCACAAGUCACGAAAGAACAUGUCCAAUACUUCAAAGAGCUCCUCGGCACGGAAUCCGCGCUCAUCGACGGCAUCAACGCCGACGCCGAGGACGAUCUUGCCCCCUUCAACGGCGACUGGAUGCGCAAGUACGGAGGCCAGACAAAACUAGUCCUCAAACCGCAGACCACGGAGGAAGUGAGCAAGAUCUUGGCUUACUGCAACGAGCACAAGUUGGCCGUCGUACCGCAGGGAGGAAACACGGGCCUCGUUGGCGGCUCGGUGCCCGUGUUUGACGAGAUUAUCAUAAACACAGCGCGCAUGAACAAAAUUCGCUCCUUUGACGAUGAAUCUGGCGUUCUCGUCGCCGAUGCAGGCGUUAUUCUCGAGGUGGCUGACUCGCACGUGGGCAAGCACGGUUAUCUCUUCCCGUUGGACCUGGGAGCGAAGGGAUCGUGCCACAUUGGAGGAAACGUGUCGACCAAUGCCGGCGGUCUUCGUCUCCUGCGUUACGGCAGUCUGCAUGGGAGCGUUCUCGGUCUGGAAGCCGUCUUGCCAGACGGAACCAUUGUAAAUGCUCUGUCUACGCUCCGGAAGAACAACACGGGCUACGACUUCAAGCAGCUGUUCAUCGGGUCCGAAGGAACCAUCGGCAUUAUCACGGGAGUCUCCAUUCUCUGCCCGCCUCGCGCCAAAGCUGUUAAUGUGGCGUAUUUUGGAUUGGAAAGCUUCGAGCACGUCCGCAGGGCCUUCCGCGAAGCCAAGGGUCAGCUGUCCGAGAUCCUUUCCGCCUUUGAAUUGAUGGACGGCCGAAGUCAAAGCUUGGUGCGGGAGUCUACUGGCAACAAGCAACCUCUGGAAGGCGACUACCCGUUCUACUGUCUGAUCGAAACCAGCGGCUCUAAUGCCGAACACGACAUCGCUAAAUUGGAGACAUUCCUGGAACAUGUCAUGGGCGAAGGCAUCGUCGCCGAUGGCGUACUUGCGCAAGACGAAACACAGAUCCAGUCGCUCUGGCGCUGGCGUGAAGGCAUCACGGAGUCGCUCAGCCAUCUCGGCGGCACCUACAAGUACGAUGUGUCUAUUCCGCUACCAGAGCUCUAUCAGCUCGUGGAGGACUGCAAGAGCCGCCUUACCGAGAAGGGACUUGUGGGCGACGAUGACUCGUUCCCCGUUCGCGCCGUUGUUGGAUAUGGACACAUGGGCGACUCUAACUUGCAUUUGAACGUGGCUGUCCGGCAGUACAACAAGGAGGUCGAGAAGGCAAUUGAGCCCUGGGUGUAUGAAUGGAUCGCCAAGCGCAAUGGCAGCAUCAGCGCAGAGCAUGGACUGGGAGUUGCGAAGAAAGAUUUUAUUGGAUACAGCCAGAACGACACGAACAUCAAGCUUAUGAAGCAGUUGAAGGAUCUGUAUGACCCGGUGAGUCUAUCCUAUCUCCAUCGCCUCUUCACUCGAGAAAUGGAAAAUUUCUAA